UGAUGUCACAUUUUUUUCACAUUUCUUUCCUUUAAAGUCUAAAUAUGUGUGUUUAAAGUUUAACUAUUCUGUUAUAAAAGUUUUCCUCACUUGUUUUUUAAUUUAUUAAAUCAUGUUUAUUGUAAAUAUUGAAUGAACAAGUAACGUGCAAACAUUUUUGCCUCUUUAUAAAGCGGUCUUUGUUGAAUAUGCAAAUUACUGUCGUGUCUUGUUGAUUGCUUUAUUUUUUUUGUGAUCGCAUUGACGUUUAUAGUUUAUCAGUCAUUCUAAAUAUUCACUUUAACAACAAUGGCGUGGCUGGGGAAUAUUGCCAGCAAUAUGCUGCGAAAUGUAUUCGUCGAAACUGCCGAAGAUGUUGUUUUAGAGGUUAGAUCUGAUCAGUACGGAAGUCGUCAAGUACAUGCUCGAGAGGAUGGAGUUGUUUUAUACGAUCCUGGAGAAAAAUAUAAGGAAAAAUAUGAAAUUGUUCUUCAUAGACCUUGUACCGAGACAUUACAUCAAGCUUAUAGUCUCUUUCGUUCGCAAAAUCUGGAAAUUACGGAGACACGAUUUCUUAUUUUCAAGGAUAAAGUUCCAAUUCUGGUGCAGUUGUGCAGAGAGUUGAGCAAUACAGGAAAAAUUCAGAGGUUAUGCAGCACACUGGUGGAGCAUCCAACUUGGAAUUUGGCCCAUUUGUCAGCCCAUCUAUUACUCUACGAAGCCUUCUCACAUGACAUUGUAAACAGUCAGUUGAACAGCAGCGAUCCAGAAUCAGGAGUUUCACCCCUUCAGGUAGCCAUACAGACAAAUAAUUUAAAAAUCGUACAAAUGCUAAUCGACGCAAAAAGCUCUCUUGAACAUUUGGACAACAAUCGAAAUACGGUCUAUCAUUAUGCAGCAUCGUCAGCGAAAGAUAUUAUAACCGCAUUGGGUUCAGGUCUUCCUAAUACAUUAAAUAGUAAAAAUAACGAGGGACAUACGCCAAUGCACGUUGCUUGUCGUAGCGACAAACCAGAAUGUGUGAAAGCUCUUUUAUUAAUUGGAGCCGAUGUGAAUAUUCCCGCUUCCGAAGGUCAGCCAUCGAGUCCCGGUUAUGUCGGUGAUUUUCUUCACAAAAAGCCUAAUGUUCUCUAUCCAGAGGAUAUGAAAUUUGGCGGUACACCUUUACAUUGGUCAGUGAGUCGAGAAGUAAUUAAUGCCUUGAUUGAAAAAAAUUGCGAUAUCGAUGCACUGAAUUUUCACGGUCGCACUGCAUUACACAUUAUGGUGCAAAGAAAAAGAUUAGAAUGUGUCGUUGCUCUAUUGAGUCAUUUGGCUAACGUUAAUAUCACCGACGACGAGGGUAACACUCCGUUACAUAUUGCCGUCACCGAAGCAACACCAGCAAUUGUUCAAAUUCUCAUUGGUUUCAUGGCUGAUUUAAAUGCGAAAAAUUGGCUCAAACAAACACCACGUCAUCUGGUGAAAGUCGAUAGUAAUGAUGGGAGUAAAAUUUUAUACAUUCUCGAUGCGGUGGGCGCUGAGCGUUGUGAGAAAAAUACAUUUGGUUGUCACAAUGGUUGUAAAUAUGAUGAGGAUUAUAAUGGAGUCGCACCACCGGAACCACCGACUGCGGUUCCGCGUACAGUUUUAGAUCAAAUGUUGUACGUUGCGAGUAUGGAGAAAUUGGCGUCUAAGAAACGAACGCCAUUGAGGGGUGGAAGAUUAUUGUGCCUUGAUGGUGGAGGGAUUCGUGGUUUGGUCCUUGUGCAAACUCUCCUUGAGGUGGAAUCGGUGCUGGGUAAACCGAUUGUGGCUUAUUUUGAUUGGAUCGCUGGUACGUCGACGGGUGGAAUUUUGGCGCUUGGUUUGGCUGCUGGAAAGAGUUUGAGGGAAUGUCAAGCUCUCUAUUUUCGUUUGAAGGAGGAGGCGUUCGUUGGUAUGAGACCUUAUAAUAGUGAGCCUUUUGAGAAAAUUCUUAAAGAAUGCCUUGGUGCUGAACGAGUCAUGACGGAUAUCAACGGUUUAAAGGUGAUGAUCACUGGCGUUCUUGCCGAUCGUAAACCGGUGGAUUUACAUUUGUUUCGUAAUUAUAUGUCGCCGAGUAUAAUGAUGAACGUUCCGACUAGUUCUGACUUUAAGGAGACACUUGAACCGAAGGAGCAAUUAUUGUGGAAAGCGGCAAGAGCCACGGGAGCUGCGCCAUCGUACUUUAGGGCUUUUGGAAGAUUUUUGGACGGUGGAUUAAUUGCUAAUAAUCCAACACUCGAUGCAAUGACGGAAAUUUAUGAGUAUAAUUUGGCAUUGAAAGCGACUGGCAGGGAUGAUGAGGUUGUUCCAUUAUCGGUGGUGGUUUCAAUUGGAACUGGAUUAAUACCAGUGACGCCAUUGACGGAAAUUGAUGUCUUCAAACCGGAAGGUCUGUGGGAUGCGGCGAAAUUGGCAAUGGGUGUUUCAACGCUUGGACAUUUGCUGGUUGAUCAAGCAACAUCGAGCGAUGGACGAGUUGUUGAUCGUGCGAGAACUUGGUGUUCGAUGAUUGGAGUUCCUUAUUAUCGUUUCAAUCCACAAUUGACGAAGGAAGUUGCCAUGGAUGAGAAAAGUGAUGUUGUUUUAGCUGAAAUGAUAUGGACUGCUAAGGCCUUUAUGCACGCUAAUAGGGAUCAAAUUAAAGAAUUAGCCGCCGUCAUGAAUUCAAUGGCUCAAGGCACCUUUUGAUUGCCUGCUGCAUAGUGAACAUUUUUUAAACAAUCAGGUUCAAUAGUUUAAUAAUUAUUCAAAUAAUUGAUAAAUGCCCAAAGAUUUCUUUUACUAGAUAUUAAAAUGCUUUCAUACUUUACUAUCAUGAAGAUUACAUAAUUUACGAAUUUCGAAUUCAAGCACAUAAUACACGAAAAAAAAUUAAACUAAUUGAUUUUAUCUGAUUUUUUCUUCGAACUUAUUAAUUAUUAAUUAUUGUACAAUUAAUUAUUCUGUAAUAUAUAAUACAUAUAUUUUAAUAUUAUGUUCCCAAAAGUUUCGAACAAUCAAAUCAAAUUUAUUUAUUUUUUCAAAUUUUAUUGCAAAUAAUAUUGCGCUAAAUAUUUAAAAAAAAUAAUAGAUUCUGUUUUUUUCUCUAGUUGUAAGUCAGUAAUUUUGGAAAAUAUUUAUAUUGACAAACUUCGGAACUUGUGGAUCAUUUAAUAUUAUAAUAUUUGUUAAAUUAGUUAUUAUAUUAAUAAUCUAUUGUUAAUAAUUAAUAAUCUAAAAAUAACUUAUAAAGAAAUAAUUUUAUUAAAUCUUAGUUAAUUGAAAUACUGAAUACUGUUGACAUUCACCAAUUAGUAUUUACGAGUCCAAUUAAUUAAAAAAAAAAUAAUUUAGAUUAUUUUAUAAAUCAGUUUUGAUCUCAAUUUCAUCUAAAAUUCAUAAUUCACUGAAAUAUGAAACAAUUAUUUUAACUUUACAAUCCAUAAAUGAGCACGCUUUUGUAAAAAAUCAGCUCGAAAAAAUCUCGAAAAGUGUUUUUUACUACUAUCACUAAAAAUUAAAUUCUCCUAGAAUAUAAAUUAUUCCUAUAAACAAAUCUCACGAUUCUAAAGAAAUCUUUUUAAACAUUUAAUAAUUUAGGUAUUAUUGAUAAAAUAACGAAAGAAAGAAUCGUUAUUUGCAUUAUUUAUUAUCUAUUGAAUGAUGAAAAACUAUUUUUGUUUUAUUGAUACAAGCACAAAUAUUUUUCUCUUCGUAAAAGAAUAAUAGGUUUUAUUUUAUAGCCAUUGACAAUACAUUUUUCUUA